AUGCUUGCCAUCCGUCCAGCAAUCUGUAAGGCGUGCAAGAGGCAUCCACCCCGCGACAACUACGUGAAGCUCGUCGAGGUCGGUCCCCGAGACGGACUGCAGAACGAAAAGAAGACGAUACCCCUCGCCACCAAGAUCGAGUUGAUCGAAAGGCUCGCCAAAACGGGCGUCUCUACGAUUGAAGGCGGCUCUUUCGUCUCUCCUAAAUGGGUUCCCCAGAUGGCCAAUUCAAGCGACAUCCUCGAGCACAUCCUGAAACGAAACAUCUCCUCCCCAUUGCAGCAAACAUCAUAUUCGUUCCUCACCCCGAACAUCAAGGGACUGCAAAACGCCCAGGCGCUGCUGGCGAAGUACCCCGGCGCUUUCGCAUCGCAGCUCCAGCCAUCAGCAGACACAUCAAAGCCCGCCGUCGAAAUUGCCGUCUUUGCGGCCGCGACUGAGUCCUUUUCCAAGAAGAACCUCAACUGCGACAUUGCGACAUCACUCGACCGUUUCCGUGAGGUCAUCCGUGAUGCCAAGGCCGCCGGUCUCCGUGUCCGCGCAUACGUUUCCGUCGUUCUCGGCUGCCCCUUCGAGGGCUAUGACGUCGACCCGCACAAGGUGGCCGAGAUAUCCACGGAACUGUUGGAGUCGGGCGCCGACGAGGUUUCGCUGGGAGAUACCACCGGCAUGGGCACGGCUCCGCGGACGAAGGAACUGCUAAACUGCAUGAGAGCUGCGGGCAUCAGGAAUGAGGACAUUGCCAUGCACUUUCACGACACGUACGGCCAGGCGCUGGUGAACACGGCCGUUUCUUUGGAACACGGCAUUCGCACGUUUGACAGCAGUGUUGGUGGGCUUGGAGGAUGUCCGUAUAGCCCUGGUGCUACUGGCAACGUGUCCACAGAGAACAUGGUUUACUUUAUCGAAAGUUUGGGCAUGGAGACUGGCAUCGAUCUGGAUGCCAUGUCGGAUAUCGGUGCUUGGAUCACGGGCGAGCUGGGAAAGGCCAACGACAGCACUGUUGGCAAGGCGUCAGAAGCAAUGAGUGACCCCCGGGAGCCCUCCUACUCCAUCGUGCCGAGGAUUCGGUACAACACCGUUGGCGGUGUCAACGGACCCCUCGUCAUCCUCGAGAAUGUCAAAUUCCCUAGAUACAACGAGAUUGUCUCCUUGACCCUGCCCGAUGGAACCAACAGACAGGGUCAGGUCCUUGAGGCCCGAGGUGACCGAGCCGUUGUCCAGGUCUUCGAGGGUACAUCGGGCAUCGAUGUCCAGAAGACGAAAGUCGAAUUCACGGGCCAGAGCUUGAAGCUCGGUGUGUCGGAGGACAUGCUCGGUCGUAUCUUUGAUGGCUCCGGACGUGCCAUCGACAAGGGCCCCAAGGUCUUGGCCGAGGACUACCUUGACAUCAACGGCAGUCCCAUCAACCCCUUCUCCCGCGAAUACCCCGAGGAAAUGAUCUCGACCGGCAUCUCUGCCAUCGACACCAUGAACUCCAUCGCUCGUGGCCAAAAGAUCCCCAUUUUCUCUUCGUCUGGUCUGCCACACAACGAAAUCGCCGCCCAGAUCUGCAGACAGGCCAGUUUGGUCCAGAAGCAGGGUGUUACCAACAAGGGCGUCCAUGACGGCCACGAAGAGAACUUCUCCAUUGUUUUCGGUGCCAUGGGUGUCAACUUGGAGACGGCCAGAUUCUUCACCCGCGAUUUCGAGGAGAACGGCAGUCUGGAGCGUGUCACUCUCUUCCUCAACCUUGCCAACGACCCUACUAUCGAGCGUAUCAUUACUCCUCGUCUCGCCCUCACGACCGCCGAAUACUACGCCUACCAGCUCGAGAAGCACGUCCUCGUUAUUCUGACCGAUUUGUCCGCCUACUGCGACGCCCUUCGUGAGGUUUCGGCCGCACGCGAGGAAGUCCCGGGUCGUCGUGGUUACCCCGGUUACAUGUACACUGAUUUGUCCACCAUUUACGAGCGCGCCGGUCGUGUGUCGGGACGUAACGGUUCCAUCACUCAGGUGCCUAUUUUGACUAUGCCCAACGAGGAUAUCACCCACCCUAUUCCCGACUUGACGGGCUACAUCACGGAGGGUCAGAUCUUCGUCGACAGAGGUCUCUACAACCGUGGUAUCUACCCGCCCAUCAACGUUCUGCCGUCUCUGUCCCGUCUCAUGAAGUCUGCCAUUGGCGAGGGCAUGACUCGCAAGGACCACGGCGAUGUUUCCAACCAACUUUACGCCAAGUAUGCCAUCGGUCGUGACGCCGCUGCCAUGAAGGCUGUCGUCGGUGAGGAGGCUCUGUCCGCUGAGGACAAGCUUUCCCUCGAGUUCCUCGAGAAGUUCGAGCGCCAGUUCAUCAACCAGGGUCAGUACGAGGCGCGCACCAUUUACGAGUCUCUUGACCUCGCUUGGAGCUUGCUCCGUUUGUACCCCAAGGAGCUCCUCAACCGUAUUCCCGGCAAGAUUCUCAACGAGUUCUACCAGCGCGCGGCAAAGGAAGCCAAGGAUAAGGGCAAGCAGAGAGAGCAGGUGCAGCAAAACGAGGAGAACCUGAUUGACGCAUAAGCGGAGGGACGUCCCGUGCGGGUGCUUGAAUCUCCAGAGGCCGGCAGCGUGGAAUGACAACCGGUUAACGUUUGUGUAUACGUAUGUGGGGCCCGAAAGAGUGUGUCGGGCAGCUUUUGGACCUAGACAAUGGCAUGCAAAUUAUCAGUUCGCAACCAGCCAUGUCUUCUAGUGAUGUUUCUGUUUGUAGAGAACGAGCUGCAAUAUCCGUUAUUACUUUCCAUCUCAGACGUGCCCUUACUCUCGGUGCUGGUUAAAGGAAAAGGACAAUUAUUGAAACCUUACCGUUUAACAUAACGAAUAUAGUGCCUGACGAU